GGUGGUGGCACACGGGGGGCUGGGCCGACCUCGACUCCCCUGGCACAUGGGGAGGGCUCUGGGGGGAGGAACGGCCCCAUUCUUGUCUCUGCUCUGCAGCGUCUCCUGCUGUCCAACAGGUGCUGGAGUCCUGCCACGCCUGUCCCCUAGCGGUCGAGGUGGUCGUCAAUGCCUAUGAGCACAUCGUGUGGACUCCCAAGUGGAAGAAGGCAAUCCCAGAGGACAGCCUGGAGAGGCACGGCGCCUUCUACCGCUCCCUGUUCUCCGUCUGCACCAACACGCCGCGCUCCCUCAUGCACCUGUCCAGAUGUGCCGUCCGGAGGAGCCUGCUGGGCCGGUGCCACAGGGCCGUCCCGCUGCUGCCCGUGCCCUCGCCCCUCAAGAGCUACCUGCUCCUGGAGCCCGAGGGGCUCGUCUACUGAGCCUCGGCCUUGGCCUUGGGGGGCCUGUCCGGACUCUGGGCUCGGGCUCCGGGCAGCUGUGGUGGAAUAAAUAACCUGAACUUGGGGGAUUUGGGAGCAGAGCAUGGUGAGAGGGCCCCCAACUCCCCCCCGGCACCCCCCAGCUCCCCCUGGCACCCCUGAAUCUGCCCAGCACUCCCCCCCCCGGGCACUGCUGACUCCCCGCUGGCAGCCGCGGUGAGAUAAAGAGGGCAGGAGGACGGGGCGUCCCCUCUGCUGAGGUUUCUUCAGGGCAGGACGCGCCGGCCUCGCCCCGGGUCCAGCCUUUGCCCCCACCAAUGAGGAGAUCCUCCUGGGCUUGAGCCGGGGCUCCGCGUGAGUCAGUGGGGAGACAGGAUGGCCCGGAGGCCUUGGGAAGAGACCAGGGAGGCCGGCCGGACUCCAACUCCCGGCAGGCUCACGGCCCAGAGGAGGGAGGCCCAGCGGACAUUGGGAGGCUUCGAGGCCUUCACCCGUGAGAAUGGGCAGAACCAGGACGUUUGGCCGGGAGACGAGGGACCGAACUAGUUCUUUUGGGUGCAGAGGUGGGCCGGGGGGCUGCCCAGGAGCAGGGCUAGGUGGGCGGGAGGAGAAGCUUUGCAGAUUCAGGGAGGCUGAGUCUGGGGGCGCCCCGCUCCCCUCGGCUGUCAGCUGGUCCUUGGCACCCCCCAUGCCCGCCCUCCCGGGGCCCCCCCCGGGCACACGGCCUCGAGGGGUCUUUUAGGGUCUCGGGGGACCCCGGGUCGGGGUGAAGCCAGGCAGAUGGAACUCGGGCCUCUAGCCGAGGGGGGAGGCGCUUCUGUCUGCCUCCUGGCUUUAUGGCUCCGGGGAAGGGCGCCCCCCGGCCCCCCCCGGCCCCCCGAAGUUUAGGGUGGGCGGGGCCGCAGCAGCCCCACCAGCAUUACGGAGACUGAACCACCCUUCUUGGUCCCGAUUUACCGAUGAGGGCGCUGAGGCCGGCAGCCCUUCAGAGCCUUGUCCAGGGCCACGCGAAGAGCCGCUGUCUGAGGCUGGAUUCGAACCCAGGUUGUCUUGCUCUGCACCCGGGCCGUGACCACUGCGUCACCUCCUUGCGCGAGAAGAGACGGCGCGUCCUCUCUGGCCCCAGACAAGGGGGUCUCGUGCCUGGGCGUCCCCCGGGGGCGCCUCCUGCUGCUUCUCCAGACACCUGCUCAGCCCCCCCAGGCUCUGGGGGCCUCCCCCACCCCUCGCUGGUGGGCAGGCAGGGGCUCCUGGCCCUGCCCGCCUCUCCCUCGCCCCUGAGGCUCUUACAGCUGGACUCCCUCCUGGACCUCAGCCUCCCCUCCGCCCCCGCCGCCUGCUCAGGGUCAAGGGCACAAGACAGGACUUGAACUCAGAACUUCUGGCUGCCAACCUGGGGCCAAUGCCGGAGACGCACUGUCACGCCAGGGCCGGCAGUAGGGGAUGCUCUUCCUCCCCUUUGGACCGCUGAAAACAUGCAUGCACGUGUGCUCAUGUAUGUUCCUGUACACGCAUGUAAACAUGACACGAAACACUCA